AUGGAAUCCAAGGAGGUUGGGGAGCGCAAUCAGCCCCCAGAAGCCCUUAGAAGGCAAAGCCAGCGGGGUAUCAGAGAAACUGGACGGCGCUUGAUUGAUAAUUACUUCAAGGCUGUUCGUUUAUGUGCCUGCUCAGCCGAUCCAGGAACCCUACAAGCGACUGUGGCAGCCAUUGGGAAAAUCGAUGUCUUGAAAUGCAAGCCAGAGUUUCAGCAUUGGGCGCACAGUGUGUGGUCGCAAAUAGUUCACACAGCAGCCACGAUCGCCUGCAGCAGUGUGUCCAGGGGCCCUCAAGGUCCACAGGCUGCUGACCAACUGCUCGCCGCUCUGCUGGAAGAUGGGUUGGUCUCUCGACAAUUGGUUGGCCCAUCAGUUGUAGCAGUGAUGGAUGGCCACAUGUCACAAUUUGGAGCAGAAAAGGUCUUGUCCGUGGCUGCUGAAUGGUUUGAUCAGGCCGAUGGUGCAGGCCCCCCCCCACCUGUAAGAGCCCUCAAGCACAUCAUUACAGCCUGCCAUUCCAUUGGGGACUCAGAUCUUCUCAUGGGUUCUUGGGACAUGCUUGUCGGCCCAGCAGUAAAGAGCCUUGGUUGGAUUCCCAGGAGUGUCUCCUCUGCCUUCCUGGUGGCAGCCUUUGACUUCGAUGCCAGGGGCGAUCGAAGAGUGGCCAUAACUGAAGUGGUGCAGCAUGGCAGGCACACCAUCAAGGCAUUGGCAGCUCUGGCAGCUGCCGGGAAUGAUGUGCUAGAUGGCCCCCUCCUUGUAGCUGAAGACCUAAUCAGAAUGGUGAGGAAGGCCCAAAAGAAGGAUGAUGUUGACCUCCUCCUGAACAGUGCUCUUGGAUGCCGGCGGGGCCAAACACUCCGGCAGACUGCUGGGCUGCGGCCAGAGACAGAUGUGCAGGAGUUGCUGUGGAAGGGACAGCUGCCAAUGGUCCCAUGGACGACAAGAUUCGGGACGCCGGUUCUGGAAGCUUCCAUAGCAGCAUACAUGAGGUUAGGGAGUGAGCAUGUGGCACACGAGAUGGCGACUGCAGUUACGAAUUCGAAGAGAUCAGUGAGGCCGCUCAUGGAGUAUGCAUCCGCAAUGGCAAGUGCUGGCAAUCUACAAGCUGUGGCACGGGUGGUCGAGCACCUCAAGAGGAAGGGGCGUGUGUUGAACACUCGAUCUGCACUGCAAUUGAUCACGGCCAUGUCAAUGACGCCAUUCAAAUCAAGUGAUGGACACGUAGGCCCAUCUGCUGUGAAAACUUGGCUUUCACUGGUGAAGGUUUCGCCCACUGCAUGGGAAUCAGUCUUCCAGGCAAUGGUCAGGGCAGGCGAUCGGGGGGAAUUGGUGAUGUCAUACCUGCCAGUUGCUCUAAACGAGCCUUGCAGUGUGGCUGGACUUGUCAGAGGCAGAGGCCCUGCACGAAAAGCUGCUGCCAGGGUGAAAAUCAUCAUGUCUGCCUUGAAAGCUAUUGGCGCUAUUGAUGGACUGAAUGGACAGCAGCGGCUCUUGCUGUUCAAGAAAGCCUGGUUGAUAGGAAGAAAGCGUUUGGGGCCUUCCAUUGAUGCCACAACGCUGGACAGAAUCAUGGCCUCGGCAAUUUGGGCAACAAUGCAAGGACCACAAGCUGCAUCUGAUGUCCUGUCAGGGCAUGCCACACAGCUCAUUUUGGUGUGCCUUAGACUUGGACUCGUCCCAUCAGAUAAAACGGAGAGAGCGCUGCUUCAGUUGUGUAAAAUGGCGGAGGAAGAGUCUGGCGGCGCCUUGAAAUGCUUUUCUGGCAGGUUGCUGGACACCAUGGGCAUCAGAGCCCAGGAGGUCUUCGAUAUGGCAGAGAGAGAUGCUGCUGGCAGCAGCAGUGCCAUUCCCGCCAGUGACAUUCGUGAUGGCUGUGGCCUCCUGGAGGCCCCAGUGAACCAACAACCCUCGGGUGGCGCCAAAGCCCGUGCCUCGAUCGGCGGACGAGACCCAAACUCCGGGACAGGCAUGGCACCGGCGAGGCAGUUCCCCGUGCCGGCAGACAUUGACAUUGCCCAGACCGCAGAUCUGACGGACAUCGCGCAGAUCGCAGACGCUCUGGGGCUGCUGCCAUCGGAGUUCCAGACGCAUGGACCCACGAAGGCGAAGGUGAAAUUGGAUGUGCUGAAGCGCCUGGAGGGGGCUCCGAAUGGGAAAUAUGUUGUCGUGGCUGGAAUCACCCCCACACCACUGGGCGAGGGGAAGAGCACCACCACAGUUGGUUUGUGCCAGGCAUUGGGGGCGGAACUGAAUAAGAAAGUGGUGACUUGUGUGCGUCAACCAAGCCAGGGGCCCACCUUUGGCAUCAAAGGUGGGGCAGCAGGCGGAGGUUAUUCACAGGUUGUCCCCAUGGAAGAGAUGAAUCUGCAUUUGACAGGAGACAUCCAUGCUGUCACUGCUGCAAACAACCUUGUGGCAGCUGCAAUUGACACCCGGAUCUUCCAUGAAGCAACACAGAAGGAUGAAGCAUUGUUCAACAGAUUGUGCCCAGCCAAUGCUGAGGGCAAGAGGAGAUUUGCUCCAGUGAUGUUGAAGAGGCUGGCUAAAUUGGGGAUUGAAAAGACGGACCCUGAGGAGCUGUCUGCUGACGAGAGGCGCAAGUUCGCAAGGCUGGACAUAGACCCUGGCACCAUCACUUGGAGGCGGGUGAUGGACACAAAUGACCGCUUUUUGAGGAAAAUUACCAUCGGGCAAGGGCCAACAGAAAAGGGUUUGAUGAGAGAAACAGGUUUUGACAUUGCAGUGGCAAGUGAAAUAAUGGCAGUGCUGGCCCUGGCAGGAGAUCUAGCUGAUAUGCGUGAGCGGUUGGGAAGGAUGGUGGUUGGGAGGGACAAAGCAGGAAAUCCAUUGACUACAGAUGAUCUGGGUGUUGGUGGGGCCAUCACUGUCCUGAUGAAGGAUGCUAUCAUGCCUACCCUGCUGCAGACACUCGAGGCUACUCCUGUGUUGGUUCAUGCUGGGCCAUUUGCCAACAUAGCCCAUGGCAAUUCCUCUGUGAUUGCCGAUCGCCUUGCUUUGAAGCUUGUUGGGUCUGAUGGCUAUUGCGUAACAGAGGCUGGAUUUGGUGCUGACAUAGGCAUGGAAAAGUUCAUGAACAUCAAGUGCCGAUCGAGCGGAUUGUCUCCAGACUGCGCCGUGAUCGUUGCCACUGUUCGAGCAUUGAAAAUGCAUGGAGGCGGGCCCCCUGUUGUUGCUGGGAAGGCCCUUGACGAUGUGUACAAGACUGAGAAUGUCGAAUUGGUCAGAGCCGGGUGCUGCAAUCUUGCAGCCCAUAUUGCACACGCAAAGAAGUACGGAAUCCCGGUCGUAAUUGCCAUCAACCGAUUUGCAACAGACACAGACCAAGAACUUGAGACUGUGAAGGCAGAGGCUUUACAAUCAGGAGCCGAUUUCGCCACUGUGUGUGAGCACCAUGCAAAAGGUGGAGAAGGAGCAGUGGACCUUGGCAAUGCUGUGAUGGAGGCUUGCAGCAGGGAUUCCUCUUUCAAAUUCUUGUACGACAUUGAUUUGUCGAUGAAGGCGAAGAUUGAGACCAUUGCCCGUGAGGUGUAUCAUGCCGGGAGUGUUGAGUAUCUUCCUGAAGCAGAGCAGCAACUUCUGCAAUACGAAGCGAUGGGCUACGGUCAUCUUCCCAUAUGCAUGGCUAAGACGCAAUACUCUUUCAGUGCUGAUCCAAGCGUCAAAGGUAGCCCAUCUGGUUUUGUUAUUCCGAUUCGUGAGGUGCGAGCAAGCGCUGGUGCAGGAUUUCUGUAUCCUCUCGUUGGCGAUAUGAACACCAUGCCAGGACUUCCGACAAGGCCAUGCUACUACGAGAUCGACAUCGAUCCAUCGACUGGAGCCGUACUUGGCCUUUCGUAG